AUGCCACCCUUCGUUCCCCGUAAGCGUGUCUCUUCCGAGGAUCCGCCCACUGCCAAGCGUCAGAAUGUCACCCCCAUCGUCGAGAUCGCAGACUUUGAUGAAGACUCCGACUCCGAUUCCUCCUUAAGCGAUGCUCCUAGCUUGGACGACAAACCCCAUGCGAAACUGGAUCUUCAGGAACCGAAGAAACAAGCCUCCGAUGGCUCCGAGUCCGACGAAGACGAAGAUGACGACGAGGUGGAUUGGGAGGACGCGAUGGACUCCAAACUCACCUCUGCGUCGAUCUCGGUGACGCCCGCUGCCGCUGUGCAAGAUCUCGAAUUGACAUUAGACAAGAAUGAGAUACAUCUGACUGAUAUCUCAGAUGGGAAGAAGGGUCCAUCCAAGAUCGAGCGCCAAAUCCGCAUCUCCACCCAUUGUCUACAUGUCCAAUUCCUACUCUACCACAACGCGGUGCGCAACGCCUGGGCAAAUGAUACCAAAGUCCACGAGAUCCUACGUGGAAAGCUCCCUGCUGGAAUUCAUAAGGAAGUCAAAAGAUGGCGCAUCGCCUCCGGUCUCGAGCUUCCCGAGAAGAAGCCAGAGGAAAAGUCCAAGAAAAAGAAAGGCAAAACUCGGAAAUCAGACCGGGAUUGGAGUGAAGGCUCGUCGCGCGUAGAGCCUGGGCAGCCAGAUAUGAGUCGCGGGGAUCCCAUCAUCCCAUUGCUCAAAAUCCUGGCCGCUUACUGGAGAAAGCAAUUCAAGAUCACCGCGCCCGGACUACGAAAGGGUGGUUAUCGGCCGAUGGCUCAUCUGGAAGCCGAAAUAUCUUCUUUCCAGAAAGACGAACACGAUCCUGAGAGGCAUGGGGAGCGAAUACGCAAUGUGGAAGAGUUUCGGUCUGCGGCAGAGCGAAUGGAGGGUUCUCGAGAUCUUGGGGCUCAGCUGUUCACCGCGCUCGUCCGCGCUCUAGCUAUAGAAGCCCGUCUGGUCGCCAAUCUACAGCCCCUUGGAUUUGGCUGGACCAAAGCGGAGGCCUACACGCCGAGAGCCAAAGUGGAGGAAGGGACCAUUGCGGAAAAUGGGGAGUCAGAGGCUAUAGUUGGUCUGGAGUCCGACAGCAGUGACUUAGAGACCGGUCCCACCCGUCGAAACAAUUUAAAAGGUUACGAUAAGGACCUUCCCUUUCCCAUCUAUUGGACUGAGGUAGCCUCACCUAUCACGCACGAGAUAAUUCCUGUUCAUCCCCUGAUACUGUCAAACCCUGUGGCAACAACUCCAGAGCUGCAGGCUGCGUUUGAGCCUCGUGGAGCCAAAGCUGAGAAGGCCAAGCAGGUUAUAUGCUACGUUGUUGCGUACUCUUCCGACAAGACCGCUAAGGAUGUUACGACACGCUACCUCCGUCGCCGAACCUGGCCAGGCAAGACCAAGGGCUAUCGCAUGCCAGUAGAGAAAAUUCCUGUUCCCGGCCGGAAGAGAAAGUUUUUCGAGUAUGACUGGUUUCGGACCAUUUUGCGCGUGUAUGAGCGCUCUGAGAAAAAUCGCACAAAAGUCGAUGAGGUCGAAGACGCCAAAGACCUACGCCCUAACCAACCCGAGAAGAAACAGGUCAAGGAAGGAGACACGCUGCAGAGCCUUCGUUCGUCGACUGAGUUUGUCCUGGAGCGAUUUCUGCGCCGCGAAGAAGCCCUCCGACCCGGAGCCCAGCAUGUGCGCACGUUCGUGAGCGGCAAGGGCGACAAGGCCAAAGAGGAGAAGGUCUACCGGCGAGCAGAUGUCCUCAAAUGCCUGUCCGCUGAGAGCUGGCACAAGGAAGGACGCCAGAUCAAGAUGGGGGAAGCCCCGCUGAAACGGGUGCCGAUCCGCGCCGUCACCCUUCUUCGGAAGCGUGAAGUCGACGAGAUGGAACGCGAGACAGGCGAGAAGCCCAAACAAGGCUUAUAUGCCAAAUACCAGACCGAAUACAUAAUACCACCACCAAUUCGGGACGGCAUCAUCCCCAAAAACGAAUACGGCAACAUCGACUGCUUCGUGCCCAGCAUGGUACCCCGCGGUGCCGUCCACAUUCCCUGGCCAGGCACAGUACGCAUCUGCAAGAAGCUCGGCAUCGACUUCGCGGAAGCCGUAACCGGCUUUGAGUUCGGGUCCAAGAUGGCCGUCCCCGUCAUCCAGGGCGUGGUCGUAGCCUCCGAGAACGAGGAUCUCGUCAAGGACGCCUGGCGCGCCGACGACGCCGAGAAACGGAAGAAGGAGCAGCUCAAGGCCGAGAAACGCAUUCUACAGACAUGGCGCAAGUUCCUCUUCGGGCUGCGCAUCGCGGAACGCGUUCGCGAGGAGUACGGAGCCGACGACGGAGACACGGAGCGCGAAUCUCAUAACCCCUUUGCAAGCCGACAGGCACGAAGUCAAGCCCGUCCACCUUCUGUUCGGGAGGCCUCGCGCGAGUCGUCCGGGGAACCUGCCCACCGUGGCGGCGGCUUCCUUCUUCCUGGCGAAGACGAUGGCGACCACGGCGACCUGGUUGUCGAGGAUCAUCAUCCACGCCAAGCUCGUCCGUCCGUGCAGCAAACUGAAGCUCUAGGCGAGGACGAGGAGGUGCCGGGUCAUGAUGCCAUCAGCAUCAGCUCCGACGGGGGCGGCGAUCUCUCGUCUCCACCGCAGAUAUCGGGCUCUGAAGAGGACGAGCCGUCGGCGUCUGCUUCUGAAUACGAGCCACCUUCGACGCGCAGGCGCACUCGGAAUCCGAGUCGAAGGACAAGGGGUAAAUGA